UCAUCUUGUUGUUUGACACUGACAAGUGUCAAUUACCAGUGUUGUUUUGUGCAGGGAUUUUGCGACAUUUAAUUCUUGAAUUACAAGUUACAUUAAUACAAAACAAGGGUCUCGAGGACUGCAACCAUGUUCCUGACAAAUGUUCUCUUUAAAAAGGCCAAGAGCAAAAUGAUUAUGGUCCUGAUGGAGAGUGUGGUGUCUGGUCAUCAAUGUAUAAAGAUACGGGAACGCCUGGCUGAUAAGUUGGAGUUGAUUCGUUUUGACCCUUACAUUCAACAAGACAGUUUGUACAGGGAAAGGAAAAAGAUCAGGAGCCUCAAGUCUUCAUAGGUGAAUAGUGGUUUAUUAUUUCUGUAGAUAUUAGGGUUAAAAUAAUAUACAACAUGUUUUAAAUGUUUUAAUUUAGUUAUUGUACUUUAAACAAUAAACAAAUCUUUGGAUAUAA